AUGGUACGUGUGUUAGACGGGUACACGGGCGAGUUCGCAGCCACGUACUUGGACGACGUCAUCAUUUGGUCGCGGUUGUGGGAUGACCAAGCCCGGCACCUCGGCCAGGUCCUUGAGGGGCUGGCCAGACACUGCCUCACUUGCGCCCCACAGAAAUGCCAUGUGGGUGCGGCCGAGCUGGAGUACUUGGGGCACAUAGUGGAUGCCGAGGGUUUCCGGUCCCUGCCAAAGCAUCUGAACCUGAUUGAGUCAAAACCCACCCCACGAACCCGCACGCAGCUGCAGAAGUUGAUGGACCUACUCAACUGGCUGCGCUCGUUAAUUCCUCAUUUCGCCAGUAUCACAGCCCCGAUGAUGGACUUGCUGUCACCCAAGCUCCGGUUUCAAUGGACCAGCGGAGCGGAUGCGGCACUAGACGCGGUGGGGGACAAAGGAGUGUGCAGGGUGGUGGAGUACGCCAGCGCCAAGUUCGGCUAG